UAUCUGCUAGAAAAGAAAAGAAACAAAGCCUAUUUUUGUGAGGCGAAAUGUUUGUUUACGUUUUUUUAUUACACAAAAUAUAAAAUAUAGUAGUGAAAAAUUGCUAUUGCCUGCAUAAAACAAUAAGCACACAUUUUAAUAUUUUUUGUCCCUCCCGUCAUUUUUGCACCUUAUUUAGCAGUUGUACCCUAUACUAGAGAAUUGCCGGCGAAAAUCCUGACUUUCGCAACUCCUUUUGGAAAGAACAACAUGUAUGCCCUCCUUGGCAUCAGCGAAGUUUUCGAUUCAUUCGACAAUGUUUUUCUAUUGAGUACUGUCACUAUGCUAGCUGCCGUAAUACUAGCGUUCUAUUUUUCUAAUUUGGUGAAGGACAUUGGGAUGCCUAGCAUUCAAGAAGAGCGAGAAAUCGAAGAACAAAAUAGCUUAAGUGCAAUGGAGGAACGAACAGAGGGAUUGUAUGACGGCAGUGACGAUGAAGAUUUCGAUACGGACAACCCUUUGGGUGAUGGACUGGUGGGAAAAUUGAAAUCGGCGCGUCUCAAAGAGUUAGAGGCCCAAUUAACCCACGACCAAUUGGAGGAAGAACGCAGAAUUGAACGCGAGCAACUUGCGGCAAUUUUCGAGUUGUUGAAAAAACAAGAGGCCGAAUUAAAUAUGAAAGAAAUUGAUGAGCGCGAAUUGGUAGCGCAAUUGAAUUUGUAUCGCUGAUGGGAGUGUAGUUGGAAAAAGUGCUCCAAUUUUCUUCAUGUAUGGCACAACUAGCGUUAGUAAGCUUUCAGAAAUUAAUAUAUUUAUGCAUCAUGCAUCUCUAGUCUUUAGUGUGUGCUUUAAUAGUAGCGUAAUGCGUUUCUUGUAUUUAUUAUUGUUUCAAGUGAUAUAUAAAUAAUAUAGGAC